AUGCAAGGGGCCCCUCAACGCUCCAGAUUUGGAUCAGAUUCACUUCGGUCUGAUGAAGAUCUCGAACCGGAGAAAGGCGUGCUCGUAUAUCGCUCGAGAUCAAAUCCAAAGAUUCCUUGGUCACUUUUUCCGGGUGACUACGAGAUGCACAAGAUGCUCCUGGAGUUCUCCCAUUACUUCAACGACCACAUCUGCCCGGAAUUGGUCAUUGUAGAUUCACCUCUCAACCCCCACCGGGUGGACCUCAAUAUACUGCCCUACGUCCCCGAUUUCUUGCUCAGCCUUGUGAUUUCUGUCUCUGCAAUACACCAGGUGAUCCAGUCGCAGCCCAAUUGGCAUUUAAUCACAGUGAAUCGAUCACGGGCCUUACGCGAUAAAGUACACCCUGGCGAACUGGAGCCUCUCCAAUCGUUUCGGCAUCCGUUAAGCUCUCUAAUCUACAAGCACCGGUCGCGGUCGUUACGAGGAUUGAAUCAGUAUUUGUCCGAAGCAGGAGCAGAGGGGCCAGAUCUGGUCUUUCAUACUGUUACUGCCAUGCUCAUGUCCGAGAUUCAAAGAUCAGCGUUCUGCAACUGGAAAAUCCAUUUUGAAGGUUUGAAGAACAUCAUUGCGUGUCAAGGUGGAUUUGAAGUGCUUGUAUCGACCAGACUUGGGAGUAUUCGAUAUGCAUUAAGCCACUUCAUGCUAAUCGAUGUAAUGAGCUCGGUCUUCAUGGCUUCGUCAUGCUUGCCACCUGACGCUCCAUCGCAACUAAGAUAUAUCGAUUGGCUGCCAGAGAUACACUCCGACGGUCUAGAAAAAGGAUUCCCGUGCCCCAACGAGCUCCUGGCAUGUAUCAUCCAUACCAACAACCUCAGAUUCAUCCUACAUCACCAUCCCUACGAUGACAUGGCGCAUGUUAACAGUGCUAUUCUGGACCUGGUUCGUAAUAUCAUCACAUUCUCUCCAACGGCUUGGGCCGAACGAGCUCUCGAAUCCUACAACGAGAGACUGGAAGAACGUGUGGGCAUGCAGCGACCGCGAAAGCGAUUGGACCUUGUUCCACAGCCCGUUGAGGGCGAAGGCUGGGCGGAUCUUGCGUCUGCAUUCCAGGCAGCUACCCUACUCUAUUGCCUCCGAGCAUUAGUUCUUAACCAUGGAAAAGAGAAUGUCCUUCAAGAGUUGUUGGACAGCCUUUAUGAGGGUCUUAUCCCGGACGUUCAAUGUCUUGCCAGUGUGACCCUGGGCAACCUUCUCUGUAUGCUUCAUCCUUUACUGGACCAACCGCUCCAAAAGGGCAGGUCGAUGGGCCGGUUCGCGUUCUGGCCUGUGUUGAUGGCGGGACUGGAGAGCGCCUGUAGCUUUGAAGCGUUGUCAGAGAGGCCGUUCAUUGUGAGCUCUUUGCAGGAGCUUUGUCGAUGCCUUGGUGACAUGAGCGCCCUUGAUGCGGCAGUGUUCCUCCAGUUGGCAUGGGACCUAGACGACGGAAGUCAUCCCGGGAACAUGCUAGGAGUGCGCACUUGGGACGACCUUUUUGAGGGAAUGGGCGUGCAUGGCGUUUUCUUUUUCUGA